GCGAGGCUUCUCCGUUGUCCCUUCUCCCGAGCAGUUCCAAAAACCUCAUAAAAACCCCUUUCCUUUACAGAGAGAGAACAAUACAGAAACCAGUUCGAGAAAACAAUGGCCACUCAGUUCCCGGACGAUUUCAAGUGCCCGAUUUCUCUCGAGAUAAUGUCUGACCCUGUUAUUCUCUCAUCCGGUCACACCUUUGACCGUGCUUCAAUCCAACGGUGGCUUGAUUCCGGCCACCGUACUUGCCCUAUUACUAAGCUCCCUCUUCCUGACCAUCCUCCUCUCAUCCCCAACCAUGCUCUUAGAAGUCUGAUUUCUAAUUAUACCCUUUUAUCCUUUCCGAAAUCAGAGUCUAGUAUUUCACUGAAUCCAUCAGAAUCACAGCCUCAAACCCUAUUCUCUACUCUCACUUCUCCGUCUUCUCCUCUUAAUUCCAAGCUUGUAUUGCUCUCUCAGCUCACCAGACUCACCAAGCUCGACCAUACCCUUCGCCGCCAGCUGACUGAGUCUGGAGCCGUUUCCGCUGUUCUCAAGUGUGUCAACUCCCCGGAGUCGGUCCUCCAGGAGAAAGCCCUCUCUUUAUUACUCAAUCUCUCUCUUGAUGAUGAUAACAAGGUGGGUCUAGUGGCGGAAGGUGCAAUUGGCCGGGUCGUCACGGUUCUACGAGCUGGGUCGCCGGAUAGCCGUGCCAUAAGUUGCACUAUAUUGACCAGUCUGGCAGUUGUAGAAGUGAAUAAAGCGACAAUCGGGGCGUACCCAAAUGCAAUUCAAGCGUUGGUCGCGCUACUAAAUUAUGGGAAAGGUAGAGAGGUGAAAGAAGCAGCAACAGCUUUGUAUGCUAUCUGUUCAUUUCCGGAUAAUAGAAGGCGAGCUGUUGAAUGUGGGGCAGUGCCAAUUUUGGUGAGGAUAGGCGAAAUGGGUCUUGAGAGAGCAGUGGAAGUUUUGAGUGUGUUGGUGAAGUGUGAGGAAGGAAGAGAUGAGAUGGGGAGGAUUGGUGGGUGUUUGAGGGUUUUGAUGAAGGUGAUUAAGAAUGGGAGCCAGAGAGGGAUUCAGUGUGCACUUUUCACUUUGAAUUUGUUGUGUUGUUACUGUGAGGAACUUUGUGGGGAAGCCAAGAGAGAAGGGGUUCUGGAGAUAUGUUUGGGUUUGAUGGAGGAUGACAACGAGAAGGUACGGAGGAAUGCUUCUAAUUUGGUGCAAACGCUAAGUGGGUGCCGCUUGGUGGAGUGAUGAAUGAUCGCUGUCGGUUAUGGAUGGAGCCAUUGAAUAGGCAUCAUAUCUGUUUGUAGCCAGCUAGUUCCCCUCAUCAUAUCUGUCUUGAAGAGCAUCAUUGCUUGCUUUUUGUUCCCGAGUAAAACAUUCAUGGGGUUCUCCACUAAGAGCUCUAGGUUAUUGGCUUUGGAUGCACUCUCGCCUUUCUCCUUUGUUAUUAACUUCGCAAAGCGACCGCAGAUUUGGAUUGCUUUGGAAUGAUCAGAAUUUCCUUAAUGCCAUCCAUGGGUUCAGAGUGGUUUUAUUCAAUCUCCAUUGUAGAUAUGUAUCUGUUCAUAGAGCGGAAUAAGUUGCACAAAAGUUUUUGACAUGAUCUCUUGAGUUGAACUGAUAAUGAGGACUUGGAUUUGCAUUUCAAAGCAUGCAAAGGAUGCUUUUAUCAAAGUUUUUUUUAACUUUCAUUGGUUUCUUGGAUCAAAUGAAUUGUGGACUUGAUUCUUUAAGCCUUUGUACUUUUUGGUGGCUGGGGAAAUUUUAAUCGUAAGAAAUCUUUGUUACAAAGCA